AUGGCCUCGAUCCCGUUUGCUCUUUCCCUCUGCUCUCUCCCUCUGCUCUCUCCAUCUGCUCUCUCCCUCUGCAAUCUCCCUCCGCUCUCUCCCUCCGCUCUGCUCCCUCUCUCCCCUCUGCUCUCUCCCUCCGCUCUCUCCCUCCACUCUGCUCCCUCCCUCUCCUCUACUCCCUCCCUCUCCUCUGCUCUGUCCCUCCCUUCUGCUCUCUCCCGCCCUGUGCUCCUUCUCAACCAACAUUCUAUCAUGACACCCCUAGGCAACCCCGCUGUUGCAUAUGAUUUGCAUGACAGGU